GCAGUGCCUCAAGGGAAAUUCAAGUUCAACGAGGGCGUGUGUGUUUGUUCUGCGUAUAUCAGGUGUCUGUUCCAAGAAGCAGGAUUACUGCCUUACAUCCAAAUCUUUGCAGAGUCCUGAUUAAGGGCCACAUUUGAAAAUCCGAUAAAUAACUUUAAAAUGCCACAAAGCAAGUUCUGCUUUUGUGGCAUACAGUGGCCCUAAUCCCGAUUGACUGAGUAAUCCCGAUUCUGGUCCAAAUAGUAGAGUUGUUAAAUUUCAUACAUUUCACAUAUGCAACUUGAUUGGAUUUCCUGUUGGUUUAUAUUGAUUCAAGAACUAAAUUAUAAUAUCAGGUAUCUGCGUGUCACUGUGCAAAACAGCAUUUCUGAUGCAUUGGUAGGUCUAUGCAGUAUGUCACAGUUCACAAUUAAAACCUCAGCAAAAAGAGGAGCAAAGAAGCUCAAACCUAUGUCCAGAAAUUGUUCCUUUAGAUAAUUAAUCUCUUCAAGAGUUGCUGAAUACCUGACCAUUUAUUUAUAUUGUCAUCUCUGUUAGUUUAUCUAUACCUUUGGCUAGUGACACACUAAAAAAAAAAAAAGAGAAAAAUAAAACUUAAUGUGGGGUAAAAUGUGUUUUCUUGAACCAGGUCUGUUACUGCAGAAAACGUAAAUAUUUUACAGGUCACCUGCUUGUGCUUGAACAGGUUGAUGUGGUUCAUAGCUCAUCAGUUUUACUGGUGAGCACUUGCAAGUCACAAGGCUGGAAACAAAGUUCACCUAAUGCUCUCUCAGUCCGUCAUAAAUAUUCAGGAUGCUGAAAACACCAGACGUGCUCCUUCUCUUCUGUGUUGUUGGGGCAGUGAAUGCCCUGUACAAACACUGGAUUCCUGACACCAACUAUGAGAAUAAAACCAACUGGGACAAAGAAGGUGUUCCAUGUGGCAAUGAUAUCGUACUGUUUUCAGCCCAGAGAAAGGUGUCUGUGUUUGUGGAGACCACACACGCUGUGCAGGAGAUGAGGCUGCCAGUUGAUGGAGAGUUCAUCCUGAAUUCAGGAGCUGGAUUUUACGUUGUGAGAGGAAAAGAUCCAGGCUGCAGUGCAGGUCAGACAACCCAGUUCAAAGACUCAGAGUCUCUUCACUGGUUUAACCCAGCUCUCUGGCAGGCGGCUGCAACUUUCGAUGACCUGCAACGUGGAAACUUCCUAUUCUCUGUGCAUGAGGAGAGUGUCCCUUGCCAGUAUGAUGAUGUGGUUUUCAAAGCCCGCUCCUCUUUCAGGGUGGACACCAGCUCCAGUCAGUCUACAAUUCCUGUCAAAUCUGUGUCUGUGCUAGGGAAGACGUUUGACAGCAGAUAUGAGUUCUCCCAGUAUCUCAGCUCACGCUCAGGCCAACUGCAGUUUCACGGAUCCUCUACGGUCACUGUUGGAGAGCCAGGCUGCGGGGAUCCUUCUGGCUGUGACUGUGGGAACUCAAUAAACCAUCAGCAGAUAUGUAACACUGUAACAUGUGCCCCUGUGAGCUGUAAGAAGUCUCUACUCCCUGUGGGACACUGCUGUGAUGUUUGUGGUGCCAUUAUCACCAUCCACACUGCCACUGGUUUCAACCUUGAAUCUUACAGGCAACGAAUCAGUCACCUAUUUCUUGUCCUUCCACAAUACAAAUCCAUUCAACUUGGUAUGUCUAAAGUGUUCAAGUCACAGCGGUUGCUGGGGAUCAUCCCUUUUGUUACCUCACCUGAGAUCCAGGUGGUUAUCCUGGAUGGAGAGAAGGGAAAACAGUCAGAGAGUCUGGCCUGGGACAUUGUGAGGGAUGCCCGCUCUCAUGGCUCUAACCUGGGGAUCAUUAACGCUGAAUUUCAAGCCUCAUCUGGGAGCAGCAGUGAGCAGACAGGAGGCAAUGCCGGGAUGGUGGUUGGAGUUGUGUUUGGAAUUUUAAUCAUAUUAACGCUCAUCAUCAUCUUCAUGUUCCUCUUGAUUCAUAAGGGAGUUGUUCGAAUACCAUCACUGCCUUCAGUGCUUUUUCUAAGCAGCUUGAAGAGAAAGACUGAUAUUGGAGAGCUUGGUGGUCCUCUUGACCAUGGCUUUGAUAAUCCUAUGUUCGACAAGCCCAACAUGCUGCCUGAUAUUCCUGGUCUGUAUGCAAAUUCAAUCUCCUUGACUCAGACAGGAUUGCACUUUGUAAAUCCAGUUUAUGAUGAGAAUGAAACAGAGUUUAAUGCCUGAAGUUGAUAGAUGUGAGAUUUUAUUGGUUUCCAAAGUGCUUUUGUUUGAAAUUAAUGAUUUUACAGACCUGUCAUAAACAAUAAACAAAAAUAUAGACAUA